GAUAACUAGUGAUUCUCCCCCUGCUGUACUGGGCCCCAGAAACAGAUUCUUAACCCACUGGUAUGGCUCUUGAGUACUAAAGCCCCUUAAGUGAAGUUCGAGUGUCUGGCAGCCACUCGAGAGUCAAGUCGAAGAACAUAAACUCACCAAUUGGCAAUCGUUCACUAUGCGUCUCCAUUUUAUCGAUCGUGUUGUGUCACUGUCGCAGAUACUUUAACCUAAUCGCGAAGUAUCUGAAAGUACGGCGAACUUCUCGAGAUACAGAUACUGUGUCUGGUGUUUGUAAUUAGCGUGUAAAACACUGAAAUGUCUGAUAAACGCAAAGAAUGUCCUGAGAAGACCGACUGACUGGCUGGUCGUUCAAUAACCUAAUGGAAGCCAUAAACUCGAACAGCCAGCACAAUUAAUUACAUUUCACACGGCCUUAGAAGAAGCAUAAAUUCGAGUGAAACUUUAUUUACGCAAGCGAGUGGCGGGCAAAAAUAGCCAGACCGCCAAAACCUGGUCGGUCAAUCAGUCUUUGUGCAACGCUCGUGGCAGCAGGAGUCGUAAGCUUAUAGCUCCCAAAGGCCAAAAAAACACACAAAAACCGGAAAACACGUUCCCCCAAAAGGGGCAAGUCUUGGUGGCUUUGCUGACCAAUUACAGUAUUUGCGACACGAAACUGCCACUUCCCAAGGCGGCAGUCCCCAGCCGCCAAGCAACCAUCCAACCACCCACCUGUAAUCAGCCAGAAGCCAGAGCGAUGCUCACCUCAGCCGUCCGUCCGGUGGCUUGAUAACUCGGACACUCGCCAGAAAUCGGCGAGCAGCUGAGGCGGUCGGUUGCAUCGCGCAAAUCGCUCUUCAAAAAAAGAUAUAAUAAAGAAAUGAAUUCAUAAAUUAAUUAGCAAGACAAGAAAUGGACAAAAAACUACGAAUUUGUCAAGUGAUUUGUGUGGCAGACCAGUGACAAUAUUUAUUACAAUUAUGACUAUAAAAGUCUAGAAAAUUAAAUAAUAAUUAAAUAAAAGUGCUGCAGAAUAAAUCAACAAUUAAAUGGAACAAGAAAGUCAAGCUUCUAUAUCAUAGAGACAAAAUAACUAUGGAAUCUAAUCCACUAAUAAAUAAUUAAUCAAACAUGAAAAAAAAUACUGAGCAAAUAUUACAGGAAUUAAUUUGCCAAUUCACUAGGCAGCCAAGAGAAGAGAAAUAAAUUAAUUUGCACAAACUGGCACUUGAUUAAAAAUCCAACAACGUUGUAACCAGUGAGGUGCCAGUUUGGAGUGAAUGCUAAAAGUGAUUCUGUGUCGGAGAGCCAAGCACUUCCAUGCUUACAUGUUUUAUCAGCUUGACGCACGUACAAGAGAACUGAUAUCAUUCUAAACUAAAGAAUAAAUUAAAGUAGAAAUAAAAGAGAAAAAAACUUUAAGAAAAUGAAACUAUCCAAGAGCUUCGAUGAACUGAUUCUCAGUGCCUCGCGGCUGAGUCUCAACAACCUGCGAUCGCCGACGAAGAAAAAGUCAAAAAAUAACAUAAAUCGCUACGGAGACUCCAUGGGUUCACUGGGACAUCGCGCCUUGCUGCAGUACAUCGACAAUAAUGACAUAUCCGGUCUGCGAGCUAUCCUGGAUAGUCGGCACCUAACGAUCGACGACAGGGAUGAGAAUGCCACUACCGUGCUGAUGGUUGUGGCCGGACGCGGUCUGACCUCCUUUGUCCGGGAAUUCCUGGCCCGCGGUGCUGAUGUCCAGGCAGAGGAUCUGGACAACUGGACAGCUCUGCUGUGUGCCUCCCGAAAUGGCCACUUUGAUGUCGUCCAACUGCUUCUGGAUCAUGGCGCUGAAAUCGAGCACAGAGACAUGGGUGGCUGGACCAGUCUGAUGUGGGCUGCCUAUCGGGGGCAUACGGAGCUGGUGCGUCUACUGCUGGACAAAGGAGCCGAUGGCAAUGCCCACGGAAACUACCACCUGGGAGCCUUGCUGUGGGCCGCUGGGCGUGGCUACAAGGACAUCGUGGAGCUGUUGGUGCAGCGAGGCGCCAAAGUCAAUGUGGGAGACAAGUACGGAACCACCGCACUCGUCUGGGCAUGCCGGCGUGGAAAUGUCGAGAUUGUGGACACCCUGCUGAAGGCUGGAGCCAACGUGGAUACAGCAGGAAUGUAUUCGUGGACGCCCCUGCUGGUGGCAGCCUCCGGCGGACACACCGACUGUGUCAGUUCCAUUCUGGAGAAGAAGCCCAACGUGAAUGCCUUGGACAAGGAUGGCAUGACCGCUCUCUGCAUAGCCGCCCGUGAGGGAUACCAGGAUAUAGCCGCCUCCCUAAUAGCUGCCGGUGCUUACAUCAACAUCCAGGAUCGAGGAGCAGACACCCCACUGAUCCAUGCCGUGAAAGCAGGUCAUCGAACUGUGGUGGAAGCCCUCCUCAAGAAACACGCCGAUGUGGAUAUUCAGGGAAAGGAUCGUAAGACGGCCAUUUACACGGCUGUAGAGAAGGGUCACACCCCGAUCGUCAAGCUACUGCUGGCCACCAAUCCCGACCUGGAGUCCGCCACCAAAGACGGCGAUACUCCGCUCCUGAGGGCUGUCAGGAAUAGGAACCUGGAAAUCGUGCACAUGCUGCUGGACAGGAAGGCCAAGGUGACGGCCAGUGAUAAGAGGGGCGACACCUGCCUGCACAUUGCCAUGCGGGCGCGGAGCAAGGCGAUCGUGGAGGCUCUGCUCCGGAAUCCCAAGCACAGUCAGCUCCUCUACCGGGCCAACAAGGCCGGCGAGACGCCCUACAACCUCGACUCCCUGCACCAGAAGACCAUUUUGGGCCAAGUAUUUGGCGCCCGACGCCUGAAUACCAACGAGGACUCCGAGGGCAUGCUGGGCUACGAGCUGUACUCCUCCGCCCUGGCGGACGUGCUCAGCGAGCCCACCCUGACCACCCCGAUAACCGUGGGUCUGUACGCCAAAUGGGGCAGUGGGAAGAGCUUCCUGCUCAACAAGCUGCGCGACGAGAUGAACAACUUUGCCCGCCAGUGGGCGGAGCCACCCGUGAAGACCAGCGGCCUGCUCUUCCUCGUCUGCCUGCACGUGGCCCUCCUGAUUGGCACCAUUGUGGGUCUGAGCACCUGGUCGGCGGUGAUCGGAGUCUCGGCUGCCGUGGGUUUCAUGCUGCUUGCCUACCUCCUCCUGGCGGCCGUCAAGUACUGUAACUACCAGAUGGACUUGCAGUGGGCCUACUCCGUGCAGCAUGGUCUGGAGAAGAGGAUCACAAGGUUGCGACUGAUACUGCAGGUGGCUUUUUGUCAUCCACCAGGACCACAGUCAGACUCCCAGGCCAAGCCGGUUAGGUUUCACUUUGCGGAGGCGAACAGCGCCUCUCCCACCGGCGACGGAGCAGUGGCCCAUAUGCUGGCCUCCCUCCUGGAUGCCAUUGAGUCCCACUACGGAUGGCUGGCCACCAGACUGUAUCGAGCCUUCCGGCCCAAGUGCCUCAAGGUGGAUGUGGGCUGGCGAUGGCGUCGCAUGUGCUGUAUUCCCAUCGUGGUCGUCUUCGAACUGGCCCUGAUCACCCUGGUGACUGGGAUUUCCCUCAUCGUGGCCUACUUCACCUUCGCCAGCGAGUCGGAACGACCACAGAUCCUGGUCGCUCUGUAUGUAAUUGCCGCCGUGAUGGGAACCCUCAUCUGCACCCACCUCCAUGUGCUGGCCAAGGUGUGUGUCUCCCUCUUCACAUCCCACAUCCGGCAGCUGAAGCGGGCGGUUCGGUCCAGCGAAACUGCCCCCCUAACCAUGCUGGGCGCCGAGGUGGCCGUCAUGACGGACAUGGUCAAGUGCCUCGAUGCGUUCACCAACCAACAGAGUCGUUUGGUUGGCGUGAUCGAUGCCCUGGACUCCUGCGACACCGAGAGGAUACUCACCCUCCUGAAUGCCGUGCAGACACUGCUCUCCUCUCCCAACAGGCCAUUUGUACUCCUCAUUUCGGUGGAUCCCCAUGUCAUUGCCAAAGCGGCGGAGGCCAACAGCCGAAGGCUGUUCACAGAGGGCGGAAUCGGAGGACACGACUUCCUGAGGAACUUGGUCCAUCUGCCAGUCUACCUACAGAACUCUGGGCUGCGGAAGGUGCAGCGAGCUCAGAUGACGGCGCUCCUGUUCAAGCGGAGCACAGGCGGAGAGUAUCAAACGGAGGAUGGAGCCACCUUGGGUCACUCGGUGUCCGCUCGCCGUUUGUCCAAUGCCUCAGAGAUCAUUUCCAGCCAGGAGAAGCUGCGUGGCCAAGGACGAGGAGGCGGUGGUAAGAAACUGCGUCUCUCCGAGUCCGUGGCCAGCUCGACGGGCUCCAAUCUCCAUCGUCUUGGACAGAACCCGCAGACAGUGAUCGAUCUGUCGAGGAUUGUGCUGACGGAUGACUACUUCAGUGAUGUGAAUCCGAGGAGUAUGCGGCGCCUGAUGAACGUCAUCUACAUCACCGUGCGCCUGCUCAAGGCCUUCCAGAUUGAUUUCAGUUGGUACCGGCUCAGCUCCUGGAUCAAUCUCACGGAGCAGUGGCCCCUGAGGGCCAGUAUGAUAGUCCUGCACCACGACCAGUUUAUGGACGGCAAUGCGGACGAGUCGGUUUCCCUGCAAAGUGUUUACGAAAAACUGCGUCCAAAGCUGGCCUACUUGCGAGAAGCUGCUCCUCUUCUGGAACUGGAUCGGGAUGAGAGGAAACUCGACGCCUUCCUGCAGUUGCACAAAUCAGAUCUUCUUGUGGCGGAUCUCCGCAUAUUCUUGCCCUUCACUAUUAACCUGGAUCCCUACCUGAGGAAGGUUUUGAAGGAGGACCAGCAAACCAUCGAGGAUGAGGGCUCGCUUGUCCUGCAAACGAGACCCAGUGUUUCCAACGUCAUGCGUCAAUUCCCAGCACCCACCACCUAUGUGCCUUCACCUCAGACCUAUCCACCUUACCAAAUGUUCCAGAACGAAUAUCCGCCGGCCAAUGAGCUGCGCUCCAGGAAUCUUAGCACCAGCACCGAACCCGUCACGCCACUCAUAAACUCGCCCAGCGAUUCCUUUGGUGAGGACAUCCUGCAAACCAAGCUUACCGACCUGACGGUGGACGGAGUCAUCAGUUUGCUGGAGAGAAUUGAUGACAUGAAGCCGGCAAUGGCCAAGCUGGCGCCCGUGCUCCGCGAGAAUGCCAUUAAUGGACGUGUGCUGAAGCACUGUGAUAUGCCGGACCUCAAAUCGGUUCUGGGCCUAAGCUUUGGCCACUGGGAGCUGUUCCGGCUGCUGAUCACCACGCUGCGGGAGUGCGAACGCCUGCCACGGAAGCCCCAGCGCCAGCAGUCGCAGCAGCCCGCCGCCUUGGAGCCCCCCUCGAAUGUCCCGAUGAUCAAGGACGUAACCGAUGCCCUGAUGCAGCCACCCCGAGAGUCUCUGUCGCGCAAGAACUCUGUCAGUCAUAUGGAAAAACAGUCAAAAGUUCAUGACUACGAGUACCUGCAGGUCACGCUGGAGGAGCAAAUGAUCUGCGGCGCCCUGCAGACCCUCAACGAGGAGGCCUUCGAGGAUGUGGCCAUUAGCGAGAGGCCGAGUCCCACAGGUGAGAUGAUGGCGGCUGUCGCCCAACUGCAAUUAGCACCCAUCCGCGAAUCCUCAGAAUUCGGAUCGCCAUCCGACGAGCAGAUGCACCUCAACAACAAUAAGUACUUGCAUGCCGGGUACAAUCGCAGCGCCAGCUCCCACUCGCUGCAGAGUCUGAGCACUCUGGUGGGGGCACCAAGUGCUCAUAGUAUCCACACAAGUCAUCUGGGCAAUGAACUCGACACACCGAGUGCCGGAGCGGCAAUGACGACGCCAUUGCUUAGUUCCUCCAGUUCCAGCACCGUUCAGCCAUCGACUUCGGGUCGGGAGCAGGGCAUCCUCAAGCAGCAGGGCAGCGUCAAGGCCGACAAGAGAGUAUCGAUCCAACAAACGGCGAGCAGCAAUAACAAUAAUAACCACGCCAAGCUGGCACCGAACGUGGAGUACGUUUCCGAGCGCCAGGCGGAUGUCCAGGGAAGCAGCAAGCGCUUGACAACCAAGCCGCCACCAGGACCACGUCCCGCUUCGCUGAUCAUCACCAGAAACGAUUCCAAUUCGCAGAUCCAGUUGCUGCGCUCCUCAUCCGUAGACUACGACGAUGUGGAGGCCCAGGAGCACCGGACAACGAUACGGACUACACUGCUGGAGCAGCAGGAGGAGGAGGAGUCGGCUCCCUUUGUGUUUACAGUGCGCAAAUGAUACAAUCUGCUUUAAGCUUAGUUACAAGUUAGACUUAAUUAGCCAAUAACUAGAGGACUCUGUCGGAGUAUAACAUAUAAUGCUGUUCUCUAGCAAAAGACAAUUUGUUUGCAGCCCUGAAGUACGUUCACUACUUGUUACUUGUACUAUUAUAUAUAUGAGCAUGUGUAUUUAUUAAUUUUAUAAAAGUUAAGAGUACUCUUUGCCUGAGAUUUACAAUUCUAUAUGUAUAUGCGAUGAUAGCGAUGAGUCGGUGCGGCCUUUAAAGCCUCUGAGAGAUUUUAACACACAUAUAUAUUAUAUAUAUUCGAGGAAGACAACGUUUACAUACUAUAUAUAAUGUCCUAGCGCAAUCGAAACUUUGGCAUGUUUUCAUGUUGCCUUUGGAAUAAUGAUUUACAAAUAAAUUCGAUGUGUAUUAUUGCGAA